AUGAUUAAGGGUUAUGGUUGUUAUGCUUCAUGGGUUAUUAAAAAACAUGUUGACGCUGCUGGAUUCAAAAUUAAAAUUCAAAAUAUUUGUACAGCUAUUGGUGUACCUAUUCAAGUUUUCGUAUCAAUUGGGACUCCAAAUUUUCGAAAACCGUAUACAGGAAUGUGGGAUAAACUUGUGGAAAGUGAAAAUGGAUCUAUUGGAAUAGAAAAAAGUGAAUCAUUUUAUGUUGGAGAUGCUGCUGGAAGAACAAAGAACAACAAUCGCCCAAAAUCAGAUCAUUCUUGUGUUGACCGUCUUUUUGCAAUGAAUUUGGGACUUAAAUUUUAUACUCCAGAACAAUUUUUCUUUCCUAGCAAUUCACAAAUUGAAGAAGAUUUUUUAUUACCAAAAUUUAAUUCUUUACAAUUGAUUGAAAAUUCUUUAAAUUUUAACGAAUUUGAGCCAGAAAAUGUCAAAAUACCAAAUUCUUCACAAGAAUUAAUUUUACUUGUUGGCCCUCCAGCUUGUGGGAAAAGCACAUUUUCACAAAAAUAUAAAGACAAUUAUGUUAUAAUAAAUCAAGAUGAAUUAAAAACUUGGCAAAAUUGUUUUGAUAAAUGUAAAAAAGUUUUGGAAAAUGGAUCAAGUGUAAUUGUUGAUAAUACAAAUAGAGGAUUAGAUAUUAGAAAGAAAUAUUGCGAUUUGGCCAAAUCCUUAAACAUUCCUUGCCGCUGUUUUAUUUUUGAUUGUUCAUUGGCACAUUCACUUCACAAUAAUGAAUAUCGAAAAAUUAUAGAAGAUGGUGGAGAUGAAGCACAUAAAAAUAUUAGUGAAGUCGUUAUAAAAACUUUUUUUGCUGGUUAUAAGGAACCAAAAUUAGAAGAAGGAUUUGAUGAAAUUGUCAAAAUACGAUUCAAACCAAAUUUUCAAAGUGAACAACAUCGACGAAUUUAUGGAAUGUAUUUACUUGGAAGUGUAAAUGUUUAGA